GUUGAGAAUCUCAACUUGAGAUCAAUAAAUAUAUUAAUGUAUUUUAUUUUUAAUCAAUCUACGCAAUAUUUCAUCAUUUUAAGCAGCGCACUAUUAAUUCCAUUUAUGUCAACUAAAAAUUUAAAAAAAAACAACUACGAAUACUAUAUCGAGUUCGAGUAUUAGACGCCUAAACCUAGAUAGAAUAAUAAGAAUAUAGAAAUUUUAGAAAUAAUCGAGAAGAGCAUUGAGCUUGAACAUAAUAUACGAAACGAAUAUACGAUAACGGCAAGUUUCAAAAUAUUCCAACUGGAUUUACUCAAAAUUUGAAGAUAUUUUUUAACAUGAGCAAUAUAAAGAAUGGUUUAUCAUCACCAACGUCUUCGAAAUGUCCAGCCUCAGCUCUUUCACUUCGUCCAAUUACCAGCAAAGGAUACUAUUAUCCUCCGUCGUUUGCACAGGGGUCGACAAUUAAGCACUUUAGAAGGCCACAAUCACAAUUGCCGUCCUUGUCCUCUAUUACUAGCAUAAGACCGUCGUUGAAGAUGCAAUCCCGACAAAAUUCGAUAUUUCCGAAGAUUUAUACACCACUUUCGACAACAACCUCCUCCAAGAAAUGGGUUCGUACAGCCGCACCAUUGCCAAUUAGAGCAGGAACGCCUAUCAUUGACUCCAAAGUUUGCUCCUCUACAAAUGUCGACCCCGUCAUUAGAAUCCCAGACAUGUCGCAUUUUGGAAUGGAGGGGUCCACUUCUGGUCCUUUAAAACCGAUUGUCCGUCUCAACAGCAAUCAGGCUCAUCGCAUGGAAGUUAAGUUCAAAAAAGCUACAAAUUCUCCUUGGUUCAGGUCAAAGUCGUCUGCAGUUGCCCGUUUCCAUAAAAAUGGUAGCAUGACAAGGAAACGUCCGUCAAAACAGAAUUUUAGUGUGAGAAAGUACUCGCUGAGAAGGAUACGAAAGUCAUCAAUCUCAUCAAAUUCACCAAGAUCUAGACGAUUAUCUGCUGCAAUUCCAUUAUUAAUUGGAGGAGGGGAGGGUUCAUAUUUCAAGUCUAAAGAAUUUAUAAAAGAUAAAAAGAAAUGUAGCAGCACGCCCAGUCGAAAUACGAGUUUCUCGAUUCAGAGUGGCAGCCCCAGGAAGCUAUCUCAAAGUGUUCGUCGUGCCACGAGGGUGAUUCAAAGGUCGAAAAAGCUACUCAAUAAAUCUAAAAGGAAAAAGAAUACGUUUUGCAUAUUUUUCAACAAGUUUGGAACAUGCAGAAGAGGAACGGAAUGUUCCUUCAUUCACGAUCUCCGACAAGUUCUAAUUUGUUCAAGGUUCCUGGGUACAGGAUCUUGUACAAAAGUCGGAUGUUCAUUAUCUCACAAUGUGAUGGUUGGAAAAAUCCCCACUUGUCAGUUUUUCAAUGAUGGAGUUUGUGUGAAGGAAAAUUGUUCAUUUCGACACAUUCAAUCUAGUGGCAAACGUGUUUCCCCGAUAAAAAAGAAGCGUAUUUCCCCCACCAUUCCAAUGAAAAAUAUGUCGACGGUUCCAGCAGAGUUGUCAAAUUUGAGGUGCAAACCCUACCAUAAACGAGAGGAGAAGAAAGCCAUCAUCGAGGAUGCAAUCGACCCUGCUAUUUCGUCACGAUAUUUUGAUAACUCUCCGGCUUCGCAACCAAUCAUCUCCAUUAUUCCCAGGAGACCCAGAAAGGAAUUAAACGACAAGGAUGCGUUGUACUUUCUUGCUUCUUCUUCGGACUCGGAUGCUGAGAAUAUGGAUGAUGAUAAAAUGCAAUGUGAUACGGCAAAAGGAAUUAUGUCUAAUGGCAGUGAUAGCGAAUUUAGAAAGUGUAAACUUAGUAAGAUUGGUGAACAUGUCAAUGAUAAAUUAUUUGCCAGUGCUGUACAAGGAAAUGGUAACAUUUCAACACGUAUAGGUGCCUAUAAUGUUAAUACUGGUGUUGCAGGUUGUACCACUAGUAGUGGUGAUAAUCGGAGACAAAAACUUCUGGAGAGAAUCACCAAGUUCAAAGAGAAGCCAACUACUAGUCACAGUGCUGAUACGGGCAAUAUACCCUCGGCUAAACCUAAUAUUAUGAUGCCGACAUUUUUUAAAUUUAGCUAAAUCAUAUUUAUUUAUUUAUUAUGUAAAGAUGCAAUUUUUUAAUAAAGCCGAGCGGCACCCAAUUUUAUCCUUAAAGAAA